AUGACUCUCACGGGAAGCUGCAUGUGUGGCGGUAUUACUUACGCCGUCGAAGCUGACACAUAUCUGUCCGCCCUGUGCUACUGCACUGAUUGCCAGAAGUGGACUGGUGGUGCAUUUACCUCCAACGCAGUCGUUCCCCGCGCCAGCUUCAAAUUGACAAAGGGUACCCCCAAUACCUACGAUGUAGUUGGCAACAGCGGAAAGAUCAAUAAGCACUCCUUCUGCCCGACCUGCGGUUCAGGUCUCUACACAGAGCUGGAGGUCAUGCCCGACAACACUGUUAUCAAGGCCGGAACCCUCGACGGCGGCGAGGCGAAUCUUAAAGGAAAGAUUGAUGUCGAGUUCUAUGUUAAGGACCGUCCAACCUACCUUGCUGCGGUGGAGGGCGCUAAGCAGGAGCCAAUGUUUGGUUGA